AUGUGCGAAACUAAAGGUGGAGGUGGAGGUGGAGCGGGUGUUCGAGAACUUGAAAAUCGUGAAACAGAAGAAGAAGAGCCCCAUAUCGAAGGACUUUCUGCUGCAGAAAAACGUAAAAGACUUGAAGAAUUAUUCCAUGAAACUAAAGAUUUUUUUCAACUUAAAGAAUUAGAAAAAAUAGCACCAAAACGAAAGGGGAUUGUGGUACAAUCAGUUAAAGAUGUUUUGCAAGAAUUGGUAAAUGAUAAUCUUGUCGUUCAAGAUAAGAUAGGAUUAUCAAAUUACUUUUGGUCUUUUCCUAGUAGUGCUCUACAAUCGCGAACAACAAAAAUUGAAGAGUUAACUGAAGAACUUAAAAAAUUAAAAGAUAAAAAUAUUGAAUUACAAUCAAGUAUUGAAAAAGCAUCGGGCGGUCGUGAAGAAUCGGAUAAUCGUAAAACAUUAUUGAAAAAUUUGUCAGAAUUAGAAACAAAACGCAUAAAUUAUAGGAAAGAAUUAGAUCAUUAUAAAGAGCAUGAUCCUAUACUCUUAGAAGCUAAAAAACACCACGCAAAUGUGGCAUUAGAAUCAGCCAAUCGUUGGACAGAAAAUGUUUUCAUAAUUCAGUCAUAUUGCAGUAAUAAAUUUGGUAUGGAACGUGGUGACUUUAAUAAACAAUUUGAUAUACCGGAAGAUCUUGAUACUUUGUAA